AUGGCCCAGAAGCGCCCGCGGGAGGAGUCGCAGGCCGCCUGCUUCGAGGACUACGGCGACUUCUGGGACGACCAGCCGCCGUACGUGCACCCCGCCAAGCAGGCCAGGACGUACACGUGGGUGCGGAAGGGCUACGGCACGGAGGUCGAUCGGCAGCUGUGCGCCAAGACGGCGGAGAUCCAGCGGCUGAAGGAGCAGAUACGGGAGCGGGAGGAAAGUCAGAAGCGGCGGGCCAGGGAGAAGGAAAUGGAGGAACUGAAGGGGAGGAUAAGGAGUGAGGAGGACAAGUUGAGGCGAAGGAAGGCUGCCCUGGAACAAGCCCAGUUGAAUGAACAACUUGAAGCUAAGAAGAAGCAGGAAAGGAAGAGGAAGAUACGAAACACGUUCGCACAGGCGUUCAAUGUGAAGGCGGAUGCUGAACGUCCGCCCAAACAGCAGAGCACACCUGUCGCCAACGCUGCCGAUGUGUCCAGGAUGCUGGAGGCCAGGAGUGAUUACGAGUGCUUGCAAGUGCAGGCAGGGGAGAGUGCAGCCUCCAUCAAGAAGAAAUACAAGGAGCUGGCAGUCCUUUUCCACCCCGACAAGUGCAAACUGCAAGGCGCCAAGGCGGCGUUCCAGCGGCUACACCUCGCCUACAACAAUCUGAAUAGGAUCGCACGGUAG